AAAAGCAGCUGACGCUUCAACUAGCUGACGCCGCGCAACCUUGCCUCUGACGUUCUUUAACUCGGUUUUUAUCCCGGAUCACACUCUUUCUCUUUCCUUUUGUUUCUUUUCCUUCAAUUUCAUUUCAAUGCAUCCAGACCUUAAGCCCCACGCUUCUCCAACCAUCAAUUACCGCAACGUCUACGUUGUGCACUACAACUUUAGCGACAUUGAUCGCGAUACGGCAGUUGAAGAAUUCAACACCCUGCUCCAGGACCUCGAGUCCGUAGGCCUACACACCGAGGUUCGCGCUGGCUUCGAUGAAUCGUUGUUGGUGUUUUGCAAGGCACCCCGAGAGGUUUUAGGGAAUGCGGUUCACAAGUCAAGGGUAAAAGACUGGCUCCAUGGCAUUACAGUAGAUCACCCUGGCGGUGACGCCGACACCGUGGUGGAUGGCGACUUUGAAGCCGAAGACAUUCUUUCCAUGUAUCAUCUCGUCACAUGGAGCAAAGAACUUGGAGGUGCUGGCGUCACGCCUAAAUUCGGCAAAUGGAAGAACGUAGAGUCGGCAUUUCCUUUGCAUAAUCAAAGCGCAGAGAAGGAAUUGCUGCUACGCUUCAGUAAGCGGAUACUUUUGGAAAAAGGAGAUUUGGAUGAUAUCCGCGCGAUGUUUGGUUCCAAGGUCGCGUUUUACUUUGCGUUUCUGCAAACGUACCUAAUUUUCCUACUUUUUCCCGCCGUCACGGGAAUCCUCGCUUGGUUUUUCGCGCCAAACUAUUCUCUUUCCUAUGCGGUUAUAACCAGCAUGUGGUGCAUAGUUUUUCUGGAGUACUGGAAGCUACAGCAAAUCGACUUGGGCAUCCGCUGGAACGUCAAGGGAGUUGGAGCUCUCAAAGUCAACAGACCUACGUGGAAGUACGAACAGAAGUAUCUUGAUCCAGCUACAGGCGAGGUCAAAUACCACUUUCCGCGCUGGAAGCAUGUUGCACGUCAGGCCAUACAGAUACCCUUUAUCCUGGCUGCACUGGUUAUCCUUGGAGCUUUAAUCGCACUGGUGUUUGCGGUGGAGAUCGUCGUAUCCGAAGUUUACGAUGGGCCAAUGAAGGCAUACUGGGAAUAUGUGCCAACUGUAUUGCUCGCUGCCUCUCUUCCGUUUGUUAGCUCUUUCCUGGAAAACAUUGCCACCAUGUUGACUGCCUACGAAAAUCACCGCACUCAAGACAAACAGGAAUCAUCCCUUACCCAAAAGAUCUUUGUGUUGAACUUCAUCACAAACUAUCUUCCAAUUUUCCUCACCGCAUUCGUCUACGUCCCAUUCGGGGAUGUUGUUGUUCCGUACCUACAGCAAUUCCAAACAGAGUUCAAGUUCAACGACUUCCAUGUGGACCCAUCAAGGCUACGGAACGAGGUUAUUGCUUUGAUAAUCACGGGACAGCUUUCAAACUUCUGCGAGGAACUCAUUUUUCCCUAUCUCAAGCAAAGGGCAACAAGCUGGUACCGAGAAUACCGCGCCAGCCAUGGAAAAGCUCUGGCGUUGAGCCAGAUUGUCGAAGACCUGCCGGACGAAAAGGAGCUUCUUUUCCGCGCCCGCACCGAAGCUGGUCUUGAGCCUUACAACGUACAAGACGAUCUUCUGGAGAUGGUCGUCCAGUUUGGAUAUCUUUCCCUCUUCUCCCCGGUUUGGCCGCUUGUUCCGAUCGGGUUCUUGAUCAAUAACUGGAUCGAGCUCCGUUCCGACUUCUUGAAAAUCUGUCUUGAACAUCAACGCCCGGCUCCAAUUCGCACUGACGGCAUUGGCCCUUGGACCGCCUCGCUCGAGUUCCUCACUUGGAUGGGCAGCAUCUCCACGGCAGCCGUCGUGCACCUUUUCGGCAACGACCAUCUGGGUAACCUUACCGGAAAGGGAUCCUGGUAUGGCCUUCCAAUUACGAUUUUUAUCUCCGAGCACAUCUACCUCGUGCUUCGCUCCCUUGUUGGUUUCGCUAUGCAGAGGAUUAGCUCGGAACAGGUCCAGAAACGGAGGAAUGAAGAAUAUGCCCGACGCAAGCGCUACCUCGGCGAGAUUGAACUGGGCCACAAAUCUGGAUCAACCUUGAGGGUGGAGGAGAAACAGCGGAGGAAGUCGAUUUUGAUUGAUGGCGGGGAGACUUUCUGGACAAGGCAGAUCGAAGACGGCGUCAGUUCGAGCGUGGGUGCAGGGUUGAUUACCGCGCUGCAAAAGGUGAAAAACAAGAAGCAAGUAUAAACAUCUUGUUAACUUAGGAUAUAUCUGUUCUAUUAUUGUUUGCUAUAAUUAUAGAAGAUAGGUGAUAUUAAGAUUUGGAUGUACGUUGCAGCUGGCCAAUCAAAGAACGCGGCAAAGACAAGUAUGCUAAACGCUUAUGGCCAUUAGGGCGGGCUUGUAGUUGAUAGGGCGUGCGCUAAGCGAACUACAUUCCAUGUGAUUUUUUUUGAGUUCUGCUUUUCGAACCUCACCAGUAC